AUGCAGCGCGAAUCCCGAUUCCUAUUGCUGCAUCUGCUAGUUAGCGUGCUGGAGGCGACUGUCCCGGCCAUUCCUCUUUUUGUGUCUCGCCCGUUGCCACCGUUGCCCAGUGCUCUCCAGGCAUGCCUGCUCUUGAUGGCUCAGGCGAAGAACCUGGCAAGGAGUAUCUCGGGACGUCGCUGUGGUCGACCACGAUCCGGUCUUGCGCAGUGUCCGUUUCCCCCGUCCACGAGCAUUCUCUCCGCCACGGCGCCCCAAAAUGACGACGUUCAACCUGAGAGAUCGAAUCCUAUCGCUAUGAGUGAUGUGGACGUCGUUUCUUCGUCGUUGCUAGCUGCCCCCGCUGCUCGCGAUGUCGCUGGAGACCGUCCCGCCCAGGAGGAGAUCCAGAAGCCUUUCAGCUCCCAGCAUCAGAAGCUGACGUCUCCACCCCCUCUGCCUCCGCGAGAUGAAGUGCCUGGCGAUGAGGUCCUAAGUCCCAAGGCGGAUUCUGAGGCCGAAACCAUCAUCCAGUCGGGCCGUGAGUCGCUAUCCCCCGAAAAGAGGAGGAAGCACGUCCCGCAGGAGCGCAGUCACGGCGAUGGUCGAAUCGAUGACGAUGGCCCUUCGGUCGAGAUAGGGGCUUCCCCGACUGCCAGGAAAAGGAAGCGCAUGGAGGAUGAUCCUCGCGAUGAAGGUGAGCGAGACUCUCGCAAAUCGAGUCCCCGACCGAGGGCGUCGUCCCCGGUGUCGGUGGUCAAGACAGAGAACACAGAAGGAUCGCAGAGUUUGACCGGGCGACGAGACUCGGCGCAUUCGGGCUCUGCAGUUCGCCAGGCCGAUGGUGGGGAUCUGAAUGAGAGGAAGCGUAGCUCGAGUGAGGGUGCGAUCGAGGGUGACGCGACCGACACAAACAAUCGCACACGCGUAGACAACAACAACAACAACAACAACAACAACAACAACAACAACAACAAUCAGGACGCCGCCCGCGAUCGCGAACGAAGGGAAAAGACGCAUCCAACGCCCGGCCCUCGCGAGUCCAAGGAUCGCUCUCCAUCCCCUACAUACCGUACCCACAAGAGAGCCGUGUCGGGUCCGCAACAUGGCGCCGUAGACAAUCUGCAGAAAAAGAAGAAAACCCCGGCGCCUUUGUUGACUGGUCGUCCCCGACACAGCUCCGAGGAUCGUCAGUCGGUGUCUUCCUCGACCAGUGGCUCUCCCAUGCCAUCAGCCCAUAUGCGGAGGCUUGCUUCCGACGGUACAGGAACGUCUCCGGCAAAGCCCACGACGCACAAGAAGCAGCGUGAUCAGAACGGUCGCACGCGGCUUGCGCGGGCCUGUGCGGCACAGGAGCUGGAGGCCGUGAUCGCGAGGCAUACAGAGCGUCCGGAGGAUCUGAAUGUGCCCGACAACGCGGGAAAUACGCCUCUUCAAAUUGCUGCCCUCGAAGGUAAUGCGCCCAUCGUCAAGUAUCUCCUUGACGCAGGUUGCGAGGUCGACACCAAGAACAUCGACAAGGACACCCCGCUCAUUGACGCCGUGGAGAAUGGACAUCUCGAGGUGGUAAAGCUCCUGCUCGAAGCGGGUGCCAAUCCUCGUUUGGUAAACGCUGAAGGGGAUGAGCCUUACGACCUGGUCCCAUCCGAUGCGGAAGAUUACGAAGAGAUUCGGAGGGUCCUUGCGGAGGCGAAAGCGAAUCCGCGUAAGCGGCGCUCGGAAGAUAACAGUACGCGAGCCGGCUCAUCGAAGGACUCGGUCGCUCGAGGUGCAUCCGCAGGCAGCCCCCGGGACUCGCCUCCGGCACAUACCGCGAAAAGUCCACCACCGACGGGAAUGCCCGCCCGGAGGAGGACGGUGAGAAGCGAGGCAACGCGAAACGACCUGUUGUGGACCAAAGCAACCCCGGAAAACCUGAGGGAGUUUGCAGCCAAGGGCGAUAUGGCUGGCGUGGCGAAUAUUUUGAACGUUCUACAAAAAGCUGAUACCGAGUCUCUGAUUGCUGCUGCCAAGGGAGGCCAUGAGGAUGUCAUGCAACUUCUCCUUGGCAUUGGCUACGCAGACCCCGACCCCGACCCGUUAGAGAAUGGCAAUCUACGGCCGGGCUAUAAUACUCCUAUGCUAGCUGCGAUCGGUCGAGGAAAUCUCGCUGUGAUCAGCCUUUUGCUGGACCAGCCUGGCUUCAAUCCCACCCGUCGCCUGUUCCGGGACCGGACCUACUACGAGCUCUCCCGGGAACGCAAAGGCGAGAACUGGGAAGAGGAGUCGGAGCUGUUGAAAUCGGCCUACGAUGCGUACAUGCAGAACAAAAAGAUGCGUAAGCCGGAGACCAAAUCGCCUCGACGCUCACGUGAGAAGGAGAGGGAGAAGGAGCCGAGACGGCCCGUCCGACGAGAUUCGUCUUCUCCGGUUGCCCCUCAUAACCGUCGGGCGAUGCGCAGCCCCACGUCGACUCGUCAUGCAGAUCCUUCGACCAAGGAGCAAGGUACGCCCAGGGACAAGGCCAGGGAUGGUUCUCAAGCGAAGGAUAAAUCAGCCAAGACGAAUCGGGAUGAUGACCGUUCGAACGAUCCGGAUCACGCUAGGCUCAAAACGUCCAGCUCCGAAAGGCGGCCAAGCGAGUCUCGUGGCGACGAAGUUGUCGUCAAGCGCCGCCGGCUUAUCGCGGGACGGCCUCCGCAAGAUUCAGACAGACGACGACCUAGUCAAGUGUCCUCUGAUUCGUUGUCUGGGCGCGAAGAGGGUUCGAAAGCUCGUUUUGAGCGCGACACACAGGCUUCCAAGCCCACCAGUCCGUCAUUGAAACGGUCUCGGAGCAGCGUUUCCCCGGAGAGGUCGCGUUCGCGUGGUUCGGACCAGCGGCACGACCCGGAGGAGAUCCAGAAGAAGAAGCGUCGUGUUCUGUCGGAGGAUAAUGAGCAGAAAUUGACCAAUGGCGUGGUCAAGAAGAGCCAGGACUCUGAACCUCUGAAGAAUUCCUCCCGUCAAGAUCAAAAUUCUCCAGAUUCGGAGCGAACCAAGCCUAAAGCGGAAGCUGCGGAUGUUUCUAAGCCCUCUGAUGAGCCGGUCCCUGUCAAAGAAGAGCAGAAAAAGCCAGACUCCCAGGAUCUUGAUGACAUCCCCAUGGAUGUUGGCAGUCGUGCAGAAGCAGCUGGCGAGACUCGCAAGCGGGAAGAAGCUGUGAAGGCCGAGGAGGAGCGUAUCAUGGAGGAAAAACGGGCUGCAGCCGAAGCGGAACGGGCUCGAAUCGUCAAGGAGGAAGAGGAUGCGAAGGAGGCAGCUGAACGGGCUGCUCGUCUGGCUCGCGAGAAGGCCGAGGAAGAAGAGCGCAAGCGCAAGGAGGCUGAACAGCGGCGAAUCAAGCAGGCUGAGGAGGAACGCCAAAGGAGGAUGGAGCAAGAGCGGGCGCGGAUGGCGAAGCUGCGGAGAGAGCAGGAGGAGCAAGAGCAGCGGCGUCGAGACGCUCUCCCCGACCGACUUCGGAUCGCGGCUAACCUGGUUGGAUCGAACAACCCUCGCGCACGGAGCCAUGCGUGGUUGAAGCAGUUCAUGCCGGUGGUUACAGUGAGGACGGAGCAGAUCGAUCCUUCGUGCGAGCCGGAGAUCGCCAAUGAACGAUGGGUGCCCAAUUUCCUGGUCGCGCCGUUGUUGGCGACCAACGAUCUGCAGCUCUCUCAGUAUACCAGCUGGGAGAAGCGGAAGGCGACACCGACGCAACGCCAGAACCUGUGGCGGGUGACUCGGCGGAUGUUGGUGCAGGUCGACGACUCGGAAUUCCUCGACUCCUCGUUCCGGCAGGUCAUAAAGAAGGAUGGGGAAACACGGCCCAAGUAUUUCGACAUGGAGCACGUGUUUUGGGUUAGGCUCUCCGACUUUACGGACCUUGUUCCGCAUAUUCCUCACCUGCAUGGGCUCGAAAUCCAGUUUCAGAAGAUGCACAUCGACCGCGAACCAGCUCAGGAUGGACCGGCCUCCUCGGUGGACAGUCAGCAAGUGAACGGGAAUGCUUUUUCUGAGAAUCACGACAGCGUCUCUGCUCCAGUGAAUGGAUUGACGAAUGGCUAUGGACAUGGGCGUCCGAGUACAUACGUUUGA